AUGGUCAUGGGGAGAAAAGAGUCUUCACCAUUGGCACCGACAUUCAUGGUCUCUGCACCGGGAAAAGUCAUAGUAUUCGGCGAGCACGCCGCCGUGUUUGGCAAGCCUGCCAUUGCCGCAGCCAUCUCCCUCAGAUCCUAUCUCCUCGUAACCACCCUCUCAAAGUCCCAACGCACCGUCAAGCUGAAUUUCAAAGACAUCGGUUUGAAUCAUACAUGGAAAAUAGACACCCUACCAUGGGGCGUUUUCCAUGAACCGGAGAAGAAAAAGUUUUAUUACUCUCUCGUCGACUCCCUCGACCCCGAAUUACUCGAAGCUGUUAUACCGCAUGCAGAGGCAGUAUCCAAGCAUCUUCCAGAAACGCAGCGAAAAAUUCAUGUACGAUCUGCGACCGCCUUCCUCUACCUUUUCCUUUCAUUAGGCUCCCCGCUAAGCCCUGGGUUUGUUUACACUCUGCGAUCCACCAUUCCAAUUGGUGCCGGUCUGGGUAGCAGCGCCAGUGUUUGCGUCUGCCUGAGUGCGGCGCUGCUCCUUCAAAUACGGAGCCUUGCAGGUCCGCAUCCUGACCAGCCUGCCGAAGAAGCCCAGGUACAGAUUGAGCGUAUCAGUCGUUGGGCAUUCGUGGGCGAGUUGUGCAUACAUGGAGACCCCAGUGGAGUGGACAAUGCGGUCUCUGCGGGUGGAAAGGCUGUGAUUUACAAAAGAAACUACUCCGGACCGCCAUCUGUCACUCCUCUCACCAAGUUCCCAAAACUACCGCUCCUCCUCGUUAACACUCAACAACCCCGAUCAACAGCUACACAGGUGGAUAAAGUAAGAGCAUUAAAAAACAAUCACCCGGUAGUGACACAGUCAAUUUUAGAUGGAAUUGGCCAUCUUACAACGUCUGCAUUGGAGCUCAUUUCAUCUGCUGAUUUAGAUAGCAGUGGACUGUCCGAUACUCUCGAACGCUUGGGAACUUUGAUCCGUAUAAACCACGGAUUCCUGGUUUCACUAGGGGUCUCUCACCCUCGUCUAGAGCGCAUCCGCGAGCUCGUGGAUUAUGCAGAUAUCGGCUGGACGAAACUUACCGGUGCUGGAGGUGGUGGAUGUGCUAUCACACUUUUCCGACCGGAUGCCAAAGAUGAAACAAUUAAAGGGCUAGAGACGAAGUUCACUGCCGAAGGAUUUCAGAAAUAUGAGACUAUCCUAGGCGCCGACGGAGUUGCGGUGCUUUGGCCCGCUGUAUUCAGAAACAACAUCGGUGGAGAGGGAGGUGAAGAGAUCGAUCAAGAAAUAUUUGAGAAUGUUGUUGGUGUUGAAGGUAUCGAGCAACUGGUUGGAGUAGGGGCGCGUGAGGAUCGGGAAGGAUGGAAAUUCUGGGCCCGAGCUGUUUAA